CUGUGAAUCAUGUUUUCUAAUUUAUUUACUAUCUAGUUGCUAGUCCUUUUCCGGUUGAAGUUCAAUAUAAAAGCAUCGAUAAAUUCUUUUCAUUUCUGAUUUAUUUUCUAUUUCUCUUUUUCUUCUACAUAGUCGUCAUGAAUUUGUUUUAAUAAGAAAUUUGUAACUCUUCAUACGAAAUAACGGAUAAGAAACUGCUUAAGUAUUUUUAAAUAGAGUCUAGAAAAAGAUAAAAAAGGAAACAUUCAUGCCCACUUUUUUUCUCCAUUUUAAUGGAAAAUAAGUGAAACUUCAAAUAAGAAAAACUAACCAAUUUAAAAAGACGCUUAGACUUAAGAUAGUUAAAAAAAUAAUAACACAAAUAUGAGUCUACGAAAUUUUGUACCGUCAUAUCCACAAUUGUCGGUAAAUGGACCUCCUCCACCACAUCAUCGUGUGCAAGCGCUUCCUGUGAGUGUUCAAGCAUUGCAACAGCAAAUUUCUCAGCAACAAGCUGCUCAACAACAAUCUCAGGCUCCGACAGUCUCUAACCAGAAUGGUGGAGGUGGAAACGUUCAAUCGGCACCCUCACACGAGUAUCAUUUAGCUCCUUGCUUGCCAUUCCAAACUCCUGCUGGUGCUAACAUAACUCAAAAUUUUAUCAGACACAUGUCGAAUGGAGGAUAUGCACAAGCACAUCAAAAUCAAACGAUUUAUCAAACACAAAGUGGGCCACCGAAUGUUGUUCAAAGUCAGCAACAGUCGCAAUCAAACCCUGCCCAAUCUCUUCCUAAUGCUGUUCAACAAAAUCAAGCAAGGUUGACUCCAAUGACACAGCCAACCGCUCCUUCAACUCCACCAACACAACAACAACAGCAGCAGCAACAACAACAACAGUCUCAACAGGCGCCACAGUAUCCAAUGCAAAUACAACAACAAGUGCUAUCAGGCGCUAAUAAUGCAGGAAAUUCAAGAACACCACAAUAUCGUCCACAAUCACAAGCUCCACGUCGUCAACAACAGCAACCUAUGAAUCAGCAGCAAUAUAUGUAUCCACCACAAAUACCAUUUGGAUUUGUUCUUCCUCAUCCAACAACAGUUCGUCCACAAUAUGGAUAUAUGGGUUUUACACCAGUUUUUAAUAGUUAUACAACGCCAGGCCCUAACGCCUAUGGUCAGUUGAAUGCACCGACAAACGGUCAACAACGUCAAAGUACGCCUCAGGCUGCUGCUCCUUCAAUGGCACCACCUCAGACCAACGAAUAUCCUUACCAGAGUAUGGAAGUUUAUCCGCCAGUAAUGCAAGCAGCAGCAGUUCCUACUCAGGUACCACAACCAUCACAACCACCACAAAAGACUGCAAAGAAAAUGGGUAACAGAGCGGUACCAAUUAUUAAUCCGAACACAAAGAAAAGCAUAUUUGAGGAUGAUUCAUGGACGACUUCAACAAAUUCUGGAAGUGGAAAUAGUACAGGAACAAGUACUGGUGGAAGUAAUAACGGAUCAUCAUCAUCAUCAAUAGCAACUGUCGAUAAGGCAAUAACAGCAUCUCAUAAUGAAUUAAGUAAAGAUGAGGCUCUUGAUAAAGAUUCAACGGCAUUAACAUCGACAACAACAUCGGAACCGUCGACGCCUGUUGUAAGCGCAAUGAGCGAUGGACCAAGUGUUGACAUUACUCCGAAACAUCAAGUCAAUAAGAUGAAGAAAAUUAAACCUCCAGAGCCAACAUUAGCAUCGGUUGUGGCAUCGACAGAGUCUGUAAAACAAACGAAAAUAAAUGAAAAUGAAACCUUAAGUGCUGUUACUCCUGUUACUGCGCCAAUUCCAAAACAAGACAACAACAAUAUUAAUAAUAAUAAUGCACACCCAGAUAAGGCUGAAAAUGUUGUUGAAGAGAUGUCACAAUCAAAACCAGCUGUUCAGCAACAAUCUGUUGUCGCUGAAGCAACAACGUCAACGUCAACAACAACAACAACACCUCAAGACUCAAAUAAUAAUAAUAACAAUAAUAACAAUUCCAUCGACGAUAAAUCGAUAAUGACAUCGCCAAGUCUUCGACAUGUAACAACAGCACCAGGUGAUCUUUCAAAGCAAGGUGAUGAAAUGCCGAAACUAGCAGAAACAUUUAGAAAAAUUUCUGUUAUAGAAGGCCCAAUAAAUUAUGUUGAUGGUCAAUGGUCGCCUUUGAACACUGCUGGAAAGAAAUGUUACACACGCGAGCAGCUUCUUAAGCUUAAAGAUCAAUUAAUAUCAGCUACACCGCCUUCAUUGACGAAACUUCCAGAGAAUGUAGCUCAUACACUGAUGAAAGACAACAAAAAUUUACUCACCAACACACUCAACAUGACCUUAGCUGGUAUGGGUGGUGGUGUCGGUGGUAGUGGUGGUGCUAGUAGCAUGCAACGAAGUGGCUUCGAUCCAAUUAAUUCAUUAACACCGAAAUUUGUGAAUUCAAUUGGCGGUCGUAAUCCUUACACGAAACGUCCAAGUCAACAAGGAAAUAAACAAGUACAGGGAGGAAAUCGUGGAUCACAAGCCGGCAUUAUAAAACUUCAGUUGAGUCUGCAUGAUGAUGUGAAGCUUAAUGAAGCUGAGAAUGCAUGGAAGCCGUCACAUUUAGUCACAUCUAGACAAGAUAUGACUGAGGAAGAACGAAUGACUUCGGAACUUUUGAAUCGUUUCCGUUCAAUGUUAAAUAAGUUGACAGCUGAAAAUUUCGAUACACUCGUUAAUCAAGUUAAGAAAACAUAUAAAAUAGAUACAAGUGAAAGACUCGAUGGGGUAAUAAGUUUAGUGUUUGAAAAGGCAAUUUCCGAACCGAAAUUUGCCCCAACAUAUGCGGAAUUGUGUAAGAAAGUGGCUGAUAUUGCAACAGCACCGUCAGCACUUGGCGAAGGAACAAAGAAACCCACGCUCAAAGUUAAAUUAAUCACGCAAUGUCAAAAGGAAUUCGAACGACAUAAGGAAGAGUCAAUUGUGUUCGAUAGCAUUGAAGAGAAGCUUCGUGAAAUUGAGAAUCUUCCUGCAAAUGAGAAUCGUGAUGAAGAGAAAGCUCGUCUUGAGGAAGAACAUUACAAAGUUCGACAACGAGCAAAUGGAACAGUGAAGUUCAUUGGUGAACUCUUCAAAAUUGAUAUGUUGACAUCUAAAAUCAUGCACGCAUGCAUUGAUAUGCUUCUACAAGAUCCGACUGAAGAGAAAAUUGAACGAGUUUGUAAACUCCUCACCACAAUCGGUCGUAAGAUAGAAGAGAAGGAAAGAGGCGAAGCUCUGGACAAAUAUUUCAAUACACUUAAAGAUAUCUUAAACUCACCAUUGAAAGUGAUAAAAAGUUCUCGUAUUAAGUUUGAAAUUCAAAAUCUAAAUGAUCUGAGAAACAAUGGAUGGCAAUCACGUCGUCAAGAUUUAAUUCCGAAGACAUUGGAACAAAUUCAACAGGAUACCGAGAAAGAGCAACAAAUGAUAAAUUAUCAGACACGUCAAAAUGCUAAAGAAGAUCGUCAACGUGGUGGCGGUGGCAGUAGUGGAGGAAAUCAAAUUAAUAAUUAUAAUCGUCGUCAACAACAGCAACAAGACAAUGAAGGUUGGCAAUUGCAACAAAACAAAUCCCGUCAAACACCACUGCAAAUGAAUAAAUUUAGUAUUCCAUCAAUCAAUAAUCAAGAUCCAAAGUUGGGAAGUCCAACAAAUUAUCAACAAUUUCAAGCACCGAACUCGAACAAAUUUGCGAUGCUUCCGGUCGACAUGGAUGUUGAUAUGCCGGGUAGUAAUAUAAGAUUUGGUGGUGGUGGUGGAUCAAAGAAUUCGAGCAUGGAACGUGGUGGUGAUCGUGGUAAUAAUAGAAUGUAUGGCAAUGGCGGUGCACCGCCAUAUUCAGGUAGAAGUUCCGGAAGUAAUCAAGGUAGUCGCAAUUCAUCUCAAAUUCGUUCACGUGAUAAUUCAGAUAGUCGAGGAGGUCCAUCGCGUAGUCUUCAAGCACCGCCACGACAACAACAAAUUCCACAUGGUGGUAUUGGUGGAAGUGGUGGCAGUACGAGCUUUAGUGGAGCUCUUAAACAACAUCAGCAGAAGCCAACAAUGAUAAAUGCAUCGUCAUCAACAUCAUCGUCGAUUUCAUCACCAGCAGCGCUUUUAUCAUUAACACGCGAUGAGGUUGAAAAGAAUUUCAAUGAUAUGCUCAAAAUUGUUGAUGCAUUUCGUGAUGAUAAAUUGACAACAGAGACUGCUAUGGACAAACUAAAAUCGCUUAGCGUGAACAAAGAUGUGCUAAUUGAAAUUUAUAAUAAAUUUUUGGAUCGUAAAGAUAGAGAUCGUGAAAAUUUGAUGAUGUUAAUAGUAGAAAUGUUGAAACAGAAAAAGCUCACACGAGAGGAUAAUCGUUUAGCUCUUAUAGGAACAAUGGCCAUUGCGCCUGAUAUGCAAUAUGAUGUGCCACUUGUUUAUGAAUACAUUGCACAAUUCCUUGCUGAACUUCUUAUAGCAUCAGUUAUAACGUUCCAAGAUGUUUAUCAAAUCUGCGAGGCAGACAUUAAAACAAAAGGCGAAGAUAUGCUACGCUUCAUUUUCACUUUUAUCAAUAAACGUCAUGGUGAAAGUCGGUUACAAAAAAUUUAUAGCGACAAAAACUUUGAGUUAGAGAAGUUCUUAGAUGAUGGAAAUCUCAAUCGAUUUUUGGAAGCUAAUAAAUUUUCUCAUAUUUUCCGUCGCGGAGCGGUUUCACUUUAUGAUGUUAUCACGCACGUUAAAAAGAUGUUAAAUGAGAAGGAAGCAAAUAAUGAAGAGAUCAUGAAUUACAUAAAUUCCUCUCAAUGCUUUUCAGAUUCAAAAUUCAUUCAUAACUUAACAACUGCCGUAAUCGAACAUUGUUAUGAAUUUAAUUCAUCAUCUUCUCAACCAUCAUCGAAGAUAAACACAACACGAUUGGAAGAGUUGUCGUUGCUUCUUCAACGAUACAUUAACAAUGAAGCACAACUCGAACUCGAGUGCAUUAAUGCAUUGAAUAGUUAUGCUUACGAAAAGGAAUAUCCCCUAGGCCUUUUAAAUUCCUUCUUUGAAAUUCUCUACGACAAUGAUGUGUUAUCUGUGGAGGCAUUUGAAAAGUGGAAAAAUCAGGUUGAUCAUCCAGGAAAAGGAGUCGCAGUCUUCAGUACGAGACAAUUCUUCACAAAAUUAGCAGAGGAUAAAGAUGACGACGAUGGUGAUUUGAUGAAUGAUGAUGCGGAUGCACUGUGAAGGGGAUACAAGCUUGUAAUUUGUUGAUGAAGAAUAAUAAAGAAUUACAAUUAAAAAGAGAAAAAGAAAAAGAAUCGAUAGGAAUAAAAAUAAAUAAAAAAAUCUUGUAAAUGUAGCGCGCUUUAGGAUUAAUUAAAAAAUUCUUUUUUGCAAAUAAUUUAGUGUAAUGAAAAAUUAUUUAACAUAAAUCGCAGGUGAAAAACUAAAUUGCGAUUUCAUAAAAAAUAAAUAAAUAAAAACAUAAAAAUGGAAUGCGAAAUUUGGCAUGAAGAACGAUGACGACAAAAAGUUUCUCUUAAAUUUGUAAAUAUUUUUUUUGUCGACACUGGAACUUCUAGUCGUCAGAGUAUUGCGCCACUUCCGCAGCCCUUAAAUUUGAAGCUUCCUCUCAAGAGAAAAUGAAACCACUUGGAAUUAAUAAAAACUUUUUUAUAUAAAAUUUUCUUCUUUACAUGAAGAAUUAAAAAUCAUCAAAAUUUAAAAAAGUCGAAAAAAAAACACGUGAAAUAAAAAAAUCUCAAAGAAAAGGGAAGAAAAUUUGACGUAAAGAAAGUUAAAUUUUCUUAAAUUUGUAAAUAUUGAAAAGAAUGAAAUGGUAAUUGUUUUGAGGAUUUUAUGUUAUUGCUAUUGCUAAGUUAAUAGGAAUCUGAAGAAACAAGAAAAACACAAGCAUAAAAAAGAAGUCUUGUGAAUACAUCUAGUUAGUGAUUAAAGUAAUUUAAUUUUAAAUUUAAUUUUAUUUCGCUUUCUGGGGCAUGUCUCAAGAAUCUGUUUUUGUUAGUCUGUCGUCAACGUCAAUACGUCGAUUAUUACAUCCCAUAAUCAGAUAUAAAUUAAAUGAUGAGAGGAAUGAAAUGAAAAGAAAAAGCUACAAAAAGGUUUUCUCUGUAAAGUUGAAAUGUCGCGAGAUGCUUUCAUUUUUGUUUUAAUUGUUUUCUUCCUAUUUCUUAUACAUAAUUUAAGAAGUAAAUAAUGAUGAUUGCAUAUUUAAUGGAAAUAUGCGAAAAUAAACACUUGCGAUGUGAUACUACUGAUCACGGUUCGUAAGUUAUAAAGAAAAUUAAUAAAUAAACAAAAAACCAGAAGAAAAAGAGAAGAAAAAGAA